CAAAUGUCGGAAGUGCUACGUACCCCAAUUUUAUACCUAAUUCUAGUGCCCAUAGUGUUUGCCGACUUCACGUUACCGCUAUUUGCGUCUACAAUAGUGGACUACGGUAGGGACAAAGGAAUUCUGCUUGACAAGGCCGCAUUGCUCUUGACGUGCCUCUGUGUCGGUGGAUUCUGUGGACGCAUAGGUAUUCCCGUUUUGUCCGACAAGAUCGCUAACCGUCGAUGCAUCAUCGCAGCUAUCAGCUUACUCCUGCUGGGUGGUUGCUUCCUGCUUUUGCCGCAUGUGGACGUUUUCCCAGCUGUCGUCGCGGUCGCAUUUAUCACCGGUCUUCAGCAGGGCUACCUAGCGACAAUCAAAACUGUCUUGAGCGCCGACUUCUUGGGAGUGCAGAAGGUAGCUCUCUGCUGGGGUGUCGUCGGGAUCGCCUCGCUACCGCUCACGUUUUUCGAGCCUUCAAUUGUAGGUGCGUUUCGCGACAAUGGAGGAUCGUACGACAACCUCUACCGCCUGUGUGGAGGCCUCGACCUCUUUGCUGCCCUUCUGCUACUGACGCAGGCAUGGGUGCACGCUAGCAAAAAAGAAAGGCGUUGCUCGUAAAAGGCACUGCCUAAGCUGAGCUCGAAUAUUUAUCGUGCACCAUUCAUUGAAC